UUCCGUUUUGGUGCAGACGGUUUUCAUGGUUGCAGAGGAGAGACAUAUUUCACAAACUGCAUAGUGCAUACCAAGGCAAGAGUGUAGCCAGAUACAGACUUUAUGUCACACGAUUUCCUUUAACUAUAUGCCAGUUAAAAUUUCGAGCCUGGUUUAAACAAAUGAGUUAGGGGUAGUUUGUCUAUCACAACAUCAACAUAACGAUACACUCGCUGGGUGUUUCGUUUUAAUCUCACGUCUCAAAUCUAUCGAUCGAAGGAUUUAUAGUAUGCUGUGUCCACACGUAAUAACAAAAAUCUACAUGUUUUCGAAAUAUUUAAAUGUCUAUAUAUAGUUUAUCAGAUAGCAGAAAAAAGGAUUUUCUCAUCACGGUCACGUCAACAGGAGCUGAGUCUUAGAAGUGUGUUGCUGUUGUGACAGCUGUUUCUUUAUGCGCUAAAGUGGGCGGGAGAGAAACUCGGUUGUAAUGACAUGUAGCUAGCUUUAUUCAUGGUCAGUCAAGCAGCGUGUUCUGUUCGAUUCUGUGUCAUGUCCCUUUCAACAACCUUAGAUAAGAAUUGAAAACUAAGAAGAGGAUUUAAAAACAAAAAAACAAUGUCAUCAGAUACAGCUUUAUCUCUUGUUCAGAAGAAACUGGACUCGAAUGAAAAAUGUGUAUUUUGCCUACGAGGGAAGAUGUUACUUGGAAAUUCAGAAGGCAAAUUAGACCGUUAUAUUUGCCUGAUAGAAAGAAAAGGAGAUCAUGCUAUAUUUUUAUACUCCUCAACACGAGUCCCUUGCAUGAUAGCAGAUGAUCUUAGCCUGGAGGUUGUCUUCCCUGUCGACACUAAUCUUCAGUAUACCACAGAUGGACCAAAGAAAGGACAAUCUUUGAAAUGUCUACUUGGAUUGCGCACAAAGGACAAAAAUAUCCAUAUAGAACUCAACAGUGACGGAUCAAGCCAGAAAUUUUUCUUGGAACUGAAAAGAACAGCAAGUAUGUAUUCUGUGACGUCGUCUAUGGGGCUACCUUCCUCCUUCAGCUGGCUAGAGAAAUACCACACCCUUAUAAAAGGAUCUUCUCCACCCCCACCAGAAAAAGAUAACCCCUUUGCUAAUGACGUGUUUGACCCCUUAAGAUACAUGAAUGUUGACCCGGCUCCCCCUGAAGCUGUGCCAGCAAAGAAAAUUGAGGCACCCUCGUUUAAUGCAGACAGAGAUUCUGGUAGUUCAGAGGAGGCGACCACUUCAGGGGAGACAACUCCAUAUAGUUUUGAGAACAAUUUUACAGAUUCCAUUCUUGUGGAUGACAUGCCAACAAAUUUAAGGAAAACACUCAGCAAGGAUUCUCUCGACAACUUAGAUGAAUCCGACAUGACCGACUCCCUGUCGAGGAUCACCAACCAGCUGGGCAUUGGCGGGUCGGGGGUGGAGUUCGUGGAGGGGAUCAAACCAGCCACUGGUCGAGAGAAUAUCGUACGACAUCUGAUGAAUCAACGGGAGGAUGAAUUCACUCACAAGGAAACUUUAAAAGUGUUCUGUGGGACGUGGAACGUGAACGGCCAGUCACCUCUCCCGGGUUCAUCACUGAGGAAGUGGCUAGAUGUCGACCAUGAAUGUCCAGACAUAUUUGCUAUAGGAUUUCAAGAACUGGAUCUGAGUAACCAAGCAUACAUAUUCAGUGAUUCGGCUAAAGAAAAAGAAUGGUUAACUGCCGUACGAAAAAGUUUACCUUCCAAAAGCCUAUACAAAAAGGUGAAGUUGAUUCGCUUGGUCGGUGUCAUGAUGAUUGUGUACAUCAAAGAGAAAUACGCCCACAAAGUUCAUUUUGUAGACUCGGACUACGUCGCCACUGGGAUAAUGGGGAUCAUGGGAAACAAAGGCGGAGUCGGGGUGAGGUUCACAAUACAAGGCACUUCCAUCUGUUUCAUUAAUUCACAUUUAGCAGCACACCAGGAUGAGUUUGAGAGGAGAAACCAGGACUACAGAGAUAUCAACUCCAAGAUGAGGUUUAAACAGUUUGUGCCUCCCCUACAGACACGGGAACAUGAUGUCCUAUUUUGGAUUGGAGAUUUAAACUACAGAAUAAAUGAUCUGGAAAUUAAUAAAGUGAAGGCCCUUAUAGAAAAGCAACAGUUCCGGGAUCUUCGUUCCUACGACCAGCUUCACCGACAGCUAGGGAGGACAGAUGUCUUUGAGGGUUACCAAGAAGGGGAUUUAGAUUUCCAGCCAACUUAUAAGUAUGACACUGGCACAGACAACUGGGACACAAGUGAGAAGUCCCGAGCCCCGGCCUGGUGUGACAGGGUGCUCUACAAGGGUCCUGACAUCAGACUGAAGGCAUAUCGCAGUCAUCAGUCCUUGAAAGUCAGUGAUCACAAGCCAGUCUCCGCUCUCUUUGAUGUCGAUAUUAAAAUCAUUGAUGAGGAGAAAUCAAAGCGGGUGUACGAAGAUAUCAUGAAGCAGUUAGAUCGACUAGAAAAUGAAUUCCUUCCCCAAGUGAAAUUGAGCAAAACUGAUUUUGUUUUCCAAGAUUUGAAGUUUAUGGAGACUGAAAUACAGAGUUUGAUAGUCGAGAACACUGGACAGGUACCGGUGACGUUUGAAUUCAUUAAGAAACUUGACGAAACAAGUCACUGUCGAUCGUGGAUGGAAGUCACGCCCACACAAUCCGUAGUUGUCCCAGGUGAGGGCUGUGAGAUCCAGUUAAAGGCGUUAGUAGAUGAAAACUCUGUAGGGAAGUUGAGCAGUGGUGAAGAUAAAGUGGAGGACAUCCUCGUCCUUCAUCUCCAUGGAGGCAAAGACUUCUUCAUAACUGUGGGAGGUAGCUACAUUCCCAGCUCCUUCGGCUCGUCCAUACAGGCUCUUAUACAGAUGCAUGGACCAAUCAGGGAGGUGCCUGUCGCUCAACUUAUUGAAAUCGAACAGCCUGGGAGUUUAGAGAAGCGUGACCUCACAGCUUCGGGUGGACGCCUGUACGCCAUACCAAAGGAAAUAUGGAGACUUGUGGAUCAUAUAUGGAAAGUUGGUAAAAUGGAGCCUGGACUGUUUGAGAGAUCUGGUCUACAGACAGACGUUUGUAAGAUUCGGGACUGUCUCGACACGGGAGUUCCCGACACCAUACCGGGCAGUAUCCACUCAAUAGCUGCUACUUUGUUGCUGUUCCUCAAGUGCCUCCCAGAGUCUGUGAUCCCUUGUAGCGUGUACCAUCGCUGUGUGGAGUGUUCACGCAACUACAUGUUAUGUAAACAGGUGAUAGCGCAAAUCCCAGAGUGCCACAGAAACGUGUUCCGGUAUUUAUGUGCGUUUCUCCGAGAACUUCUCUCCCACACCAGCCAUAACAACUUAGACGUGAAGCUGCUAGCGACAACAUUUGGAAAGAUAUUUCUGCGGCCGCCCCCUCCCCCCGUGACAUCACGCAGGCUGAGGUCGGGAAGGGAAGACUCGCCUGUUGGGCAGGGUGAAGAAGACAUGAAGAGAGCAGACUUCGUCUAUCACUUCCUCACCAACGAGUACGACGAAUGACCGGCUCAUUCUGGUCACAGGAAAUGACCAGUCUCUGAGACUGACCUCAGAGAGUGACCGUAGAUCUAGAACAGUGAUGUAUGGAGCAGUUCAUUCAGACCGGGUGGUUGAUCACCUCAAUCUGAUGUUAAUUAGUGACCACACCUGUGGCAGUAUGAUCAGUGUGAUUGACCAUUCGGACUGACCAGCAAUGUGAUCGAGUGACCAUCUGAACUGACCAGCAGAGUGAAUGACCAUUUGGACUGACCAGCAUAAAAUGAGUGAUCAUUUGGACGGACCACCAAUAAAUGAGUGACCAUUUGGACUGACCAGCAAAGUGAGCAACUAGCUAGACUGACCAGUGGAAUAAGUGACCACCAGUCAGACUACAUGGCUGAAGUGAGUGACCAUUUGAAUUAAACAGAGUAAGUGACCACCCUCAAACUUCAUGGCCAGUGUAUGGACAAGACAACUCUGGUCAUCAGGAAAGAGUUUAUUAAAGACAAAAACAAGAUGAUUGAACAUUGAAUGUUUUACAAUCGAACUGUUGUUCUCCGUUCAGUGAACUAAACUUGUUAAUAUUUAGUUUCAGGAAAAAACUUCCAGUUCCCAGUAAAUACAGCAAUUUUGGUCAGAUUUAAAUCUGAACAUGGUCAAAGACUGAAAGUAACAGAAUGGUUUUAAUUCUAAAGAAUUGUCAAGUUGCCACAUCAGUUUUGGUCAGACAUCGCUUCUAAUUGAUGUAGAUGUGUCCAGAUAACAUUUACAAACAAAAACUGUAAAUCCGUGUUGACCUUUUGGAAUUGAAAUGCUGAAUCCUAAAAGUCACCUGAUAAAUAUUUGUGGACGGUAACUGGAUAAAUAUUUGUGGAUGGUAACUGGAUAAAUAUUUGUGGAUGGGAACUGGAUAAAUAUUUGUGGAUGGUAACUGGAUAAAUAUUUGUGGAUGGGAACUGGAUAAAUAUUUGUGGAUGGGNCGGUAACGGGAUAAAUAUUUGUAGAUGGUAACUGGAUAAAUAUUUGUGGAUGGGAACUGGAUAAAUAUUUGUGGAUGGUAACUGGAUAAAUAUUUGUGGAUGGGAACUGGAUAAAUAUUUGUGGAUGGUUACUGGAUAAAUAUUUGUGGAUGGGAACUGGAUAAAUAUUUGUGGAUGGGAACUGGAUAAAUAUUUGUGGAUGGGAACUGGAUAAAUAUUUGUGGAUGGGAAAUGGUUACUGGAUAAAUAUUUGUGGAUGGGAACUGGAUAAAUAUUUGUGGAUGGGAACUGGAUAAAUAUUUGUGGAUGGGAACUGGAUAAAUAUUUGUGGACGGUAACUGGAUAAAUAUUUGUGAAUGGGAACUGGAUAAAUAUUUGUGGAUGGUAACUGGAUAGAUAUUUGUGGAUGGGAACUGGAUAAAUAUUUGUGGAUGGGAACUGGAUAAAUAUUUGUGGAUUGUAACUGGAUAAAUAUUUUUGAUGGAUAAUGAAUGGCCAGCUAGUUAAUACCAGACAGCGAGUCACUAGUGAUUUUAUGAGGAGGUUAGGUCUGAUAGCAUUCCAUUACGUGUGAUAUAACAGUUUGUCUGUGAUUUGUAAAAGAUUGAAUACUGUUAGUGUUGUAACGUAGUACGUAAUUAAUUUCCAGAAUUAUCCGUUUUCUAGAUAGUGAAUUCUUAAGCUUCAUGGCCUGGGAACAGUAGAAUACAAGGUGUAGGAUAUGUAGAUUUUUGGGAGUGAUUCUGUUUUUAUUUGCUGCUUAGAAUUUUUCAGAAUGUAGAAGGCUUAGAUUGGCUUUAUUUGACAAUCAGUUUUGAGUUAAAUUCCUUUUUCAAUUGAAAACUUUGCCAUUUAAAAAGUUUCUUCUGUCUCUUGCUGGUAACUCUGCACUCUAGCGGUGACUCAAGUAUCCCUGAUAGGACCGAUACCAUAAUUUCCAUUGUCGCUAUCAGACUCAAUCCAUCGUUGUUCUCGGAAACAACUCAUUCCAUAUGACUUGUAAAUGUUCCGUCAUGCUGUGAAAGUAACCAUUUUCCCACAAAAAGGGCACACCAUAUUUCAUUUUUAAUCCAAGUUAUAUUUCUGUCCAAACUCAUUGAUCACUACUAGGUUUCCGUAAAAACUUAUCAUGUUCUGGUAAAUUAUUGAAGAAUUUUAGGAAUUAAAACUUUGUCAAUUCAGUGUUUGUAUAAUGUUUAGAUUCUAUGUAUUACACAUUUUAAGUACUGUAGUUGAAAUUAAGCAAAUUUUCUGAAUCUCAUAACAUGUUUAGAAAAAUUGAUGCAGUUUACAAAAAACAAAAUUGACUCUUCAAUUGUUCAGGAAAUUGCAUUCAAUUUUUCGAUAAUGUUUGAACACUUAAUUGACGACAGAGCUAGGUGUACAAAAAUACCCUGAGGAACAACAGAACUUCUUGCCUAUGACAAUACGUAACUUUGUCAUAAAUGUCAAUUUACAUACACGUUGGUUCAUAUUAAAGAUGAGUUUCCACUGAACUAUAUGAUAUAAUGAAGCUAUUGCAUUGAGCGUUGUUGUGCUUAAUUCAAUAUCCACUCCCGGCGCAAUGUAAACUAACAAGUUCUACAUAAUUUCUUGUGUGAUAUAUAGUACUGGUGUACUUUCAGAUUCAAGGGUUCUCACUUGUUAUCUUGUGUUGACAUUAUAUAUAGUCAAUAUAAACAUCCACAACCACAGGAUUUCUGAGUAGUAAAUGAUGGAUCUAUGUUCAAAUUCAAGGGUUCUCCCCUUUUACCUUUUCUUGACAUUAUAUAUAUAUUAGAUAAUAUACAGUACAUCCAGACACACAUUUUACUCUUUCUGUUAAUCGAGUUAGCCCCAUAAAUUUCGUGAAAUGAAAUCGUUGUUUGACCAAAUGCAAUUCUUUGAUACAGCCCAAAUAUCUGGGACUCGGAGAUUGGAAUAGGCAUGGAGAGAGGUUUAUACUUCAUUUAUCCGUCAAACACACAUAUCUUAGUAAGUUAUUGUCAACAAGAGAUCAUUGAUCAUUAAUUAGAGCACACAUUUGAUUGAUAUUGUAUUUGAAAAAAAAAUGAAAUAAGAAUAAAAGUUAAAAAAUUAUCUCACAUAUUUAAUGAUUUCAAUAAUUUUUAUAAUAUGCUGUUCAAUAUUAAAAAUCUACAAAAAGUGCAUAAUAGUAUUUUACAUGUAUAUAAUUGAGCUUUGCUUUAUUUUUUAAUAACAUAAUAACAAUUGGAAGGUUUUUUUGGUGGGUUUUUUUGAAGAAGUUCAACUAGUAAAGGUUUCUGUUAUGGACAAUUGUUUUUAAACACUCCUCUGAACACUCAAGUUCAAAAACAAUUCAGUUUUUAUAUGUAAGUGACAACUCUUUUGUCGGCAGACUUUGGGUAAAACAUGUUAUUUCAGAUGUAUCUCUACUUAAGAGAAAACUGUCCAAAAUAAUAAAUUUCCACUGUUUAGGUUAAAAUUUUAAUGAGUUCUGAAAAGUCUUGAAUUCUGUUUAUGUUUUUGCAUUUAAAGUCUCAAUUAUUUUGAGAUAAUUGAUAAGACAGGACAAACCAAAACGGUCUUUGUACAUGAAAUCAUAACAUGAGGUGUUUAGCAUUAGCAAUAAUAUUCGGCUUUCACUUUACUGUUGUACCAUUUGUAGAAUAAAAUUUGUCUACCGCACUGUCAUUAAUAAGCUGCUAAAGAUUUAACUCCAAUGUCAGGUAAUUAAUGACAACCAGAUUGUGCGCCCACAUCCCUGCUUAUGAUUCUGCAUUGUGCAUAAAAUAGUUUUGUGUUUAAUUUAUUGUAAUAUUCAAAAAAGACAAAAGUCGAUCCAUGUGAAUAUCAGUCAAUGAAUGUUCAGAUUAUAAUAAAGCCUGAGAGGUUCCGAAUUGCACAAGUUGACAGCACUCACUGUUUAUAACUACUUUACUGUAAACAUGUCUGUAAAGCCUGAGGAGUUCCUAAUGGCACAUAUGGCUAGCACUCGCUGUUUACUUCUCUCUUGUAAAUAAAUCUGUAAAACACUGCACUUAAGCUAGCACAUGACAAUUGAAGUAUCAUAUUUAAUAUUUAUAUAUAUAUAUACAGCUUUAUAAUUAAUACUGCAGAGCAUAAAAAAUAAAACUCACACUAAAAGAAGAAGCCAUGUUGUGCUUGUUGUGUAUUGAGUAAAAUGAAAAGUCUCUUAGACUUUUUUGUAGUGAUCUCUGUCGAUAAGGACAUUUACAAAUGAUAUACAAUCAAGAUCAAUGUUUAAAUAAAAGAAUGUAAUACGUGGUUCAUAAAGGCCAGGAAAAGGGCUGGAAUUUGCUUUUCACAUUUCUGUUAAAAAAGAAUACUGGUUUAAAUUGUGUGUACAUCAGACAGUUAACAUGUGUCCUUUUAUAUGAAGGACUGUUUUAAAGUUUUGUCAAUGACGAGAUAUGUUAAAAAGUUUUUUGUUGAUAUGAAUUUAUCACAAAAAAAAAAAUUGAUUCUUACAAUUCUGUUGAGAACAAUUUUUCCUCUAGGCUAAAGAACAGUAUCCAUACACUAAAACAGAAAAUCAUGGCCCAUUUUUCUUCUUUUUUUUCUCUUAGAUAUUGGACCUCGGAAUUUGUAAGAAAGUGCUAGAGAAGUGCUUGUAUUUUGUCCCAAAAAGACUAUACACCAUGUAGUACUAAAGGGCCAUUGCAUUUAUAUCAUAGUUUGCCUUAUGACUAUGAAUUAACUUAACUCAUUCAUCCUGAAGACAUAUUUGAACUCUUCCAAUUCAAAGUUUGGAAUAGUUCAUUUUAAAAUUUCAAGGGAAUGAGUUAAAGGAUAAAAUUAAAGCAAUGGCCUUUUGACUAGUAAACUAUUUUUUAAAAAAAUAGAGGUUACUUGGGGGGUUCAUCAUUUAAUUAAAAGGGUAUGUAUAAAAUGCUACCUUGCUCAAAAAUAGGUCCAUUCUUAGAAACCUAUAGAGUAGUGUUAAUUAAUAAAUUGUUCUAUGGGCUUCGAUAAUAAAUUGUCUGGAAAUUGAUGAUAAUUUUCAUUUUGUAUCUCAGUAUUUUUGUUGAUUGUUAACCCUUUCACCCGAUUGUAACUUUAGUAGACUCUACCAGGCAUUGAUAUGGAUGAGUCCAUUAAUGGUCAGCAGUGGUGCAAGGGUUAAAAAUAUCACUGAAAGCAAAAAGUGUAUCGUGUCCUCAUGUUUUAUCAGAACAACCUGUAGCUGUACUGUGUAAGCAUUCAUCCCACCAACUCAGUCACAAACAAAAGGGAGCUGGCCAUAUUUAGCAGAACAAUUAUUCAGAGUUGCUAGACUUUAAUCAUUUCUUGGUCUUUAUACAGUGUUAUAUCUGUGUGAUAAAGAUUUUAUUUUUUGGAACAAUUGGCAAUUUCCUAAAGCAUAAAACUCUAUUGAACUGCUGUCUAAUAUGAAUUGUAUUUCACAAACAUAUAACAAUUAAUUUUAUACAGUCGACAAUCAGUAGUUUUACCAAGAAUUUCCCAGAACGAUAGCUUUUGACCUUUUUUGAGAGGUCCAACUCCUGUUACCCAUGAUUCCUGGAGUCCAAUUAACGCACAGGGGGAACAUUGCUCGAGACCUCAAUGCUUGUACAGAGACGAAAGUAUCAUGAAAUCUAAAUGAAAUAUGAAAUUGAUUAUUAAACAUUUGUUAUUGCAUCUACUUUUCAAAUAUGCCAUUCUUAAAUGCACUUGUUUUACGAAUUCCAUAUUUUCACAAAUUACAGAUUGUGUUACAGAACUAUUGUUCCUUUCACCCCUAUGUAACUUUAGUAGACUCUACCAUGCAUUGAUAUGGAUGAUUCCAUUAUGGUCAGCAGUGGUGAAUGGGUUAAACGAGACAUGGCGUUCCUUUAUGCGACAUUCUCAGGUUUCUUCUUUCCUUUUUUUUCCUUUUAACAUUUUAAGGGUGAGUGAAUACAUCUAGUUUGUGACAAACAUUUUUUGUUGAAAUAAAUUAAUAUUUUCUGUUGAAUAUUAAGAAAUACGGUACAUAUUUUUCAAUGUUAAAUUGAUGUGUUGUACUAUACCAAUACAUGUACCGGUAUAUGUAUCAGACUUGAGGAGCUGGACUAGAUGUUUGGUUGUACCAGACUUUAUUGUUUUACUAGCUUUUCCAACAAUUUUUUUUAAAAAAAUAAAAAAAAUCACAAUUUC